AUGGUGAAGGUGAUCCUCUUCCACCUGUUCAAUGGGCAGCAGGUGGUGGGCAUCGACGAGGAGCCCCUCGCCAUCACGCACGCCUCCACCACCAUCCUCGCUGCCACCAAGGCCGGGCGGGUGGAGGGCUUUGCGGCCGGUGCCGACGUGGUGACGCUGGAGCGGGAGAGCGCACACUCGCGUAUCAACGUAGUGCGGGCCUACUACCGAUACCACCCGCUGACCACCACCGAUCAGGCAGCAGCAGCAGCAACCGAGGCCGCCGACGGCACCACCACGGGGCGCGGCGCGACGGGGAGAGUGUUGGCCGGCGGCGAGCGGGGCCUGUCGCUGUGGGCUCUGCACGAGGAGGGCCAAGCGCCCGAGCACCUCAUGGACCUGGACACCUCACACUCGCUUCCCGUUCGCCGGUUGGCCAUCCACCGCGACUACCUUGCCUACGCGUCCUCGAACGAGCUGUUCGUGCUCCACUUCCAGCUCGUCCCUCGCUCCGGGACCAGUACAAGCUCGUCUCUCCCAAGCGAAAGCACGAGCCUCGAGGACCUGCUGAUGGAAGCAGCUACUGAGCAGUCCGCACAGCAGGAGAAGUCGUCCGCGGCCGCCGAGGAGAACGUCGCCGGGUGGGUCGAGGACGACCACCACCUGGAGUGCGUGUUCGACUUCACCAGCUCCGCCCGAGGCGACGGCGACCGGGCCUGCAUGGCCGUGCGCCAGGGACAGGCUCUACCGGUCCCGUCGAUAGCGCCGGGCAAGAGCCGGUACCCGGCCGGCCCGGAGAUUGUGCUGGGGCCGCUGCCGGACAUCCAGCACGCGCCGCGGCUCAGCAGCGACUCGGCGUACACGAUGUCCACCUGCUCGCUAAUGCUCUACCGGCGCUUUCCCGAGAAGACGGGCAUCAUCUCGCUGAGCCUGCUGCCCGACUGCGAUCUCACGCACCAGCUCCAGCGCGACACGAACGCGGUCAACAAGGAGACCGGCAUCCGUUGCUGGAUCUCUACGCCGCAGCAGGGCCUCAUGUACGAAGUGAGCAAGCCGGGCCUGAUUUCCGAAUACGUGUACACCGACGAGGCGUUGGACGCGCAGCCGGGGGCCUCUUUCCUCUACGUCGCCACCAAGACUGGUCUCGAGACGUGGACGCUGCGACCAGGGUGGACCCGCGACGCCGGCAUUCCGGAGCCCAUGGUCAUCGGCUUGCAGCCCUUCAUUUCGCUGAAGAAGAUCGUGCUCGCCGGCGACUCAGUCAUCCUCCUCUCCAAGUUCACUGAGGCCGACUUAGUGCGGUCGUCGCGGCCCAAGGCCAAGGGGAGUCGAAUCGUCAGCUUGCCCAAACCGGCGCCCAACCCAGAGGAGGAGGUGAGCUGGAACCUGUACAUUCUCCAGCCCAUUCCGGCCAUUCCGCUCUACGAGCAGGUCAUCGCUCGCGCCCACGAUAAUGAGGAUUCGGAUGUGGAGGUGUAUCAUCAACUGUUGCUGGAGGGCCACCUGCUGCUUGAGUCUCGCCUGGCGGCGCUGCUGUCGUCGAUCGCCCUAUCGUCGGGCCGCGAACCAGCCGACACAGCCGCGCAGCUUUCCUCCCAACUCGAAGCUGAAAACUACCGCAAGCUUUUGCGCAAGUCCGCUUCGCUUCUUGCCGACUACUACGCUCGUUCGGGCGAGUGGGAGCGCGCGUGCGAUCUGUUUGCGCAGUCGGACCGCCCCAUCGCGCACGUGCUGGCAGCGGCUCUGGGCGAGGAGGCCGCCGCGAAGCCGCUGGUCACCUACUUCGACGCCGUACUCUUCGACGCCGACCUCGGCGAAAGCCUUCUCGUCGACGAGGUGGCCGAUCAGGCCGAUGCGAUAUUGGAGCACUACGCCACGCACGCUCCACACCGAGUGUCGACGGUCAUACUGGAGUCGUGCCUCCAGUCCUACACCCACCAGUCGGCCCUCACUUUCCUCAACAAGGCCAUGACCCCGCCCCGUUCGACCCAGCCCGCCGCCCCUCUCCAGGGCCUCGCCCGAUUCAUCAUGCAGCCUCCUGCCGACGAGGGCGUGGCUGGGCCGUGGGCGUCGCCGUCGCCUUCGAGCCAGCAGGCGCAGCUCUACUCGGUGAGCGACACGCCGACAGCACAGGGAUUCGAGCCCUGGAAGGACCGCUUCGCCAAGGGCCUGCUCCUCAUCGACUCGGGCAAAGAGGACGAAGCGGUGCAGGCGCUGCUGUCGCUUCAGUCGGACACUCUGCUCCGACUGUGCGUGGCAUCGCCCCACCUCCUCUUCGCGCCGCAGGACGAUGCCGAAGACGACGCACCAGCCUCCUCCUCCUCCUCCUCAUCUUCUUCUUCAUCGUCAUCUUCCUCCGCCGGCGAGAAGUGGAACGUCACCGCCGUCGCGCUCCUGCUGCGCCAGCACGCCCCGUGGUCGCUCCUCGAGCUGCUCGCGACCCUCCUCACCCAGAACGCGCAGGCGGUGCCGCCGCUGUCGCUGGUGCUGCGGCUGCUGGACCCGAACCCGCCGCCAGCGCAGCUGCCUCAUUCCCUCCACCCGUACCACUACUUGCAGCAGCAGCAGGCACAGGCACUGCCACUGCCCUCUUCCGACUCGCCCGACCUCAUCGGCCUGGUGCUGGAGACGUGCUACGCGGAGCACCUUCUGGUGGACGAGCAGGCGUCGGCGCUCCAGGGAGCCCGGGCGAGCCGGGGCCUGCCCAACUACCUGGCCGGCCUCUACCUCCAGUGGGCCGUGCACUUCGCCUCCGCCGCCAAGCCUAGCGACGUCUCCAUUUUCGAAGCCGCCGGCUCCAUCCCCAUCUCCUACGCGAAAAGGUGGGAGAGCCGUCACAAGCGGGCCUUCAAGCACACCGUACAGCCGUGGCUCGCAUCGCUCUGCCCGGCCUCCGUGCCCGACGAGCAGUCGCUGGACCUCUACUUGGCCAAGCUGCUGGGCCUGCUGACGUCGCCCUACGCGGCGCAGGUGGACUGCGAGGCUAUACUGCGCCUAUUGAAUGCGUCCCUGGGCCGAUCUCUCGACGCGAGCCCGAUGACGCUUCCAUUGCGGCUCCUCUGCCUCGCCAGCCAGCGCUUCGAGGAGGCCAUGCGGCUCACCAUCGCCGUCAAGCCGCGCGCCACCCUCUCCUUCGCCCAACACUUCUGCUCCAGCACGGACGAGUGGCGAAGUGUGCUGGUGGCGCUGGCCGACGCGCUGCUGGAGGCCGAGGAGCAGGAGCGGAGCAGCAAGGAGCUGGCGGAGGAGUACGCGAGCGUGCUGCGCCACCUGAGCACGGUCUAUGAGCCCGACGCCUUCCUCCUGCUCCUGCCGCCCAACGGCAAGAUGACCUUCUUCCUGCCCUUCAUCGAGGCCUCCUUCACCUACCACGCCGCCCUGUCCCUCCGGCCACCUCAUCGCUCCCCCGCCACCGACGCUGCCCAGGUCAAGUAG